AUGGCUAUAGACGAGGCAGAUCGUGAGAUCAUAGAAGCCGAGCGCAAUGCUUCCCCCCAGCGGUUCCCCCGACGCAGCGAUGAGAUCGAGCGUGUGUUAACGACAUCGUCUGUCUCAACUUCCGCCUCCUCGCACGCCAAUGUCGCCAUGCGCCGCAACAACAUGAGCCGAGUCUCAACGCAGAAUGACCUCGAGCGCCAUCCAACAGCGCUGAGUCGCAUCCAGACUGGCCGCAGCCAGCACCAUUCGACCGUCGGUGCCGGUCUGCACAGCCGAACCAGCACGCGCGCCUCCAGGAAGCCCUUGCCCAACUUCGGCGCAGGCAAGCCCUUUCCUCCUCCGUUGCCAGAGCAGGAGGAGUACGUUGUCGAGUUUGACGGACCUGAUGACCCCCUCCACGCACAGAACUGGCCCCUGAGGAAGAAGGUCUUGACGGCGGCCAUGCUAGGAUACACCACCAUGACCUCGGCAUUUACAUCCUCCAUCUUCUCUAGCGCCACCGCAGCUGUCGCGGUCCAGUACGGUGUCAGUUCCGAGGUUGGUCUGCUCGGAACCUCUUUCUACGUGCUGGGUUUCGCGACCGGUCCAACCCUCUGGGCGCCGCUGUCCGAGUUGAAGGGACGACGACUGCCCCUCGUUCUGGCCAUGUUCGGUUUCACCAUCUUCUCGAUCGCAUGCGGUACCGCCAAGGAUAUUCAAACGAUUCUGAUUUGCCGAUUCUUCAGUGGUUUCUUUGGCGCCUGCCCACUUGCUGUUGUCGCCGCCGUGUUCUCCGAUAUGUUUAACAAUCAGACGCGAGGAAUAGCAAUCACUCUGUUCUCCAUGGCCGUUUUCACCGGUCCUCUGCUUGCCCCCUUUAUUGGAGGGUUUAUCGUCGAAUCUCACCUUGGCUGGCGAUGGACCGAAUAUCUGCCCUCCAUUAUGGGUGCUGUCGCGUUCCUUCUCGACUUCUUCUUCCUCGAGGAGACGUAUCCUCCCGUCAUUCUUGUCUCCAAGGCUGCUGACCUCCGUCGUCGCACCAAGAACUGGGGCAUCCACGCCAAGCAGGAGGAAAUCGAAAUCGACUUCAAGGAGCUGGUCCAGAAGAACUUUUCGCGUCCUCUCCGUCUUCUCUUCACCGAGCCUAUUAUCCUCCUCCUGUCCAUCUACAUGAGUUUCAUCUAUGGCCUUCUCUAUCUCUUCCUUACCGCCUACCCUCUUGUCUUCAUGGGUGUGCAUGGUUUCAGCUCGGGACAGUCCGGUCUGACCUUUUUCGGCAUGAUUCUCGGCCAGCUGAUUGCAGGCGCAUUCGUCCUUGCCCAGCAGCCCUGGUACACGCGCAAGCUGAACGCGAACAACGGUAUUCCUGUGCCUGAGUGGCGUCUCCCCAGUGUCAUGGCAGGUGGAGUGUCCUUUGCCAUUGGCAUUUUCUGGUUCGGAUGGACCGGUUACAAGAAAGAUAUCCACUGGAUUGCUCCCGCUCUCAGUGGUCUCUGCACAGGCUUCGGUCUCAUGUCCAUCUUCCUUCAGGCACUCAACUACCUUGUCGACGCAUACCUCAUGUUCGCCGCCUCCGCCAUCGCCGGAAACACCUUUUUGCGAUCUCUGUGCGGAGCUGUCUUCCCAUUGUUUGCCCGUCAGAUGUUCGAUGGCAUGGGUAUCCAGUUUGCCGCCACGCUCCUGGGUUGCGUAGCAGUCGUUCUCGCCCCCAUUCCUUUCAUCUUCUACAAGUAUGGUGCCGCCAUCCGAAAGAAGAGCAAGAUCGCGCCCACCGACUUUUUCGUCCCUCCCGCCCCCGCUGCUGAAGAGGAGGAAGACAGCACACCGGAGAAGGAGGGUGCGCACCAUGCCGCGGCAGCUUGCGCCCCCCGAAAGGAGAACGGGUCGACGACCAAGGAGACAGCAUAG